UGUUAGAGAGAAAAAACGAAAACCCUUUGCAACCCUAGGACUCGGUCAAAAGAGAUGAUAAGCGAAACGCAAAUUUAACAAUCUGCGUCUUUUAUAUUUUUCAUUACUCCUUUUUUUCCUUUCCCAUCCGGGAUUGUCUGUGACGUGUUGGGAGCUGGCGGUUGGCGGGAAACGUGAAGUUGUUGUUCGCCAUCGGCUGAAUGACAGUCAGAGAGAGACAGACGCACUGCCAUCACCGCUACCCACCGUCAAAGCAACCCAAGAUGCCAGUUGAGAGAAAACCAAUGCGGUAUGCUCACCCGGAUGGAUAUACAGGUGUUUGUUUUGAUGAAAGUGGAAGAUUUAUAGUAACCAGUGGCAGUGAUGGAGAUGUUAGGAUAUGGGAAAGUCUGGAUGAUGAUGAUCCCAAAUCAAUCAACGUGGGCGAAAAAAUUUAUUCACUGGCUCUCCGGAAUGGAAUGCUUGUUACAGCUGUUGCUAACAACAUUGUUCAAGUUCACUCCUUCCCUGAGGGUUUACCAGAUGGUAUUUUAACUCGCUUCACUGCUGAAGUGAACCACAUCGUCUUCAAUACUUCUGCAACCAGUGUUGCUGCUGGUUCCAGUGACUUCAUGGUGAAGAUCGUUGAGACCAAGGACAACAGUCAGCAGAAGACGAUUCGAGGUCAUGAAGGUCCUAUCCUCAGUGUUGCUUUUGAUCCAAAGGAUUUAUUUUUGGCUUCCUCUAGUUGCGACGGAUCAGUUUGUGUCUGGAAAAUUGCUGAUCAAACACGUGUAGCAAGUUGGCCACUGUUAACUAAAUUCAAUGAGGUGAACCGUGCAACAUCAAUCUGUCGACUUGAGUGGCAACCGAAGAUUGGAAAGUUUCUGGCUGUUCCAGUAGAAAAAGCUGUGAAACUCUUUGAAAGGGACACUUGGGAAAAUACUGACGAUCUUUCAGAUGAUAGCAUUAUGAUGACAUUAAAUGUUGUAUCAUGGUCUCCUUGUGGUAGUUAUCUGGCUGCUGGGAGCAUUGAUGGAUCAGUGGUAGUUUGGAAUGUACAGACCAGAAAAUGCGUUGAAAGGUUUCAGCAUGAGAAGUCUUAUCGCAUCUGUGCAAUUGCAUGGCACCCUUCAAAUGGAAUUAUAGCGUAUACAGAUGCUGAAGGAAAUCUGGGGCUUCAUGAAGGGGUUUUGGCAAAUGUUGGCAGCAAGGAACUGGCUUCUUGUUCAAAUGCUGCCACAUUUGAUGAUUUGUUUGAUGAAGAGGACAGUGACUUGUUAACAAAAGGCAUGAAUCUGUCACCUGCAUCACCUAUGAGGCAACCAUUAGUGGACGACGGUGAUGAUGGUGAAGAUGAUAAUGUGAUGGCUAUAGUCAACCGUUCUAGACAUAAUCGAGCUAUUGAAGAUGAUAACUCAAAUGAUAUUGGAUUUUCCACCCAGUUAGAAAAAAUGGAUAAUGAUGAUGAUGACAAUGUCCAAACUAGUAGUGCACAAACUGCACCAACAUUUGCAGGAUACUCUGGACCAGUGUCAACACCACAACAAAAGCCUUUUCAACCUUGUUCCACGCCAUCUUACCUCCUGCAUCGGUUCAUGGUGUGGAAUUCCACUGGUAUUAUUCGCUGCUACAGUGAUGAGCAAGAUAAUGCUAUAGAUGUAGAAUUCCAUGAUACUUCAGUACAUCAUGCAAUACACUUGAGUAAUGUUCUGAAUCACACCAUGGCUGAUUUGUCACACGAAGCAGUGUUACUAGCGUGUGCAAAAACCGAUGAACUGCCAAGCACACUCCAGUGUAUUCACUUCAACUCCAGGGAUGCAAACAAAGAAUGGAUGGUUGAUAUGCCAAACAAUGAAAACAUUGAAGCCAUUUGUUUAGGUCAGGGUUGGGCUGCUGUUUCGACGAAUGCUCAAAUUGUUCGCAUCUUCAGCAUUGGAGGUGUACAAAAGGAGCUCUUCAGUCUCAUGGGGCCUGUGGUCGCUAUGUCAGGUCAUGGGGAACAGCUAUUGAUUUCUUAUCAUCGAGGUACUGGUUUUGAUGGAGAUCAAUGCAUGGGGGUGCAAUUAAUGGAAUUAGGAAGAAGAAAACAGAUUUUGCAAGGAACACCCCUUCCUCUUACCAGGAAGUCUUAUCUGAUGUGGCAGGGCUUCUCUGCUGAAGGUACCCCAGUAUUUGCAGAUUCGGAAGGGAUAGUACAAAUGCUAAACAGAUCUCUAGGGAACACCUGGAUUCCUAUUUCCAACACCAGGGAUCAUUGCAAGGGCAAAUCUGACUAUUAUUGGGUUGUUGGUAUCCAUGAAAACCCUCAGCAACUCAGGCGAUGCAGCACAUUUUGCAAUGUAGUUUGA